GGAAAAGUGGACCACUUCCGGCCUCCGGGGUCCGGGAAGAUUGCUUUGGACUGUCAGCAACCGAACCCCGAAGUGCUAAGGCAGCUUCUUUGGGGAGGAGAGGUUCCAGCCCGGGGCUCCAGGCCUCCGACCCGCCCGGUCGCCAGCGUGGCUGCUGGAGAUACUUUCAGGGCCAGGAAUAAGGAGCAUAGGUCGCCAUGGCGACGCCGGCUGGGCUGGAGCGCUGGGUGCAGGACGAGCUGCACUCGGUGCUGGGGCUGAGCGAGCGGCACGUGGCCCAGUUCCUGAUCGGUACCGCACAGCGCUGCGCCUCUGCGGAAGAGUUUGUGCAGCGCCUGCGAGACACUGAUACCCUGGACCUCAGCGGGCCAGCCCGGGACUUCGCCCUGAAACUCUGGAACAAGGUCCCACGGAAGGCAGUGGCAGAAAAGCCAGCUCGGGCAGCUGAGCGAGAGGCCCGAGCCUUGCUGGAAAAGAACCGAUCCUACAGGUUGCUGGAGGACAGUGAGGAGAGCAGUGAGGAGGCUGUAGGCAGGGCUGGGAGCAGUCUCCAGAAGAAGCGGAAAAAACGGAAACACCUCAGGAAGAAACGUCAGGAGGAAGAGGAGGAAGAAGAGGAGGAAGAAGUUCCUGAGAAAGGAAAGAAGACUACAGGGGGGAAUAAACCACAGACGGAGAAGCCAGAGUCGGAGGAUGAGUGGGAGCGGACAGAGCGAGAGCGCCUUCAGGACCUGGAGGAACGGGAUGCGUUUGCGGAGCGGGUUAGGCAGCGGGACAAGGAUCGAACUCGCAACGUCCUGGAGCGCUCAGACAAGAAGGCUUAUGAAGAGGCUCAGAAGCGCCUCAAGAUGGCUGAGGAAGACCGGAAAGCCAUGUCAUUUGAUUCAAGACCAGGAAGCGUGUCAUUGGGGUGGAAGAGUACCUAUUUUUGGCUUAUCCAGUGGUUUCCAGUUGUCUCAGUUGUUUUCAGUUAAAGACCUAUCCUUCCAAAUGCUGGUUCCUGAGCUGCGGAAGAAAUCCCGCCGUGAGUACCUGGCCAAGCGGGAGCGCGAGAAGCUUGAGGACCUGGAGGCUGAGCUGGCGGACGAGGAGUUCCUCUUUGGGGACGUGGAGCUGAGCCGACACGAGCGGCGGGAGCUCAAAUACAAGCGGCGCGUGCGGGAUCUGGCCCGGGAGUACCGGGCGGCUGGGGAACAGGAGAAGCUGGAGGCCACCAAUCGCUACCACAUGCCCGAGGAGACCCGAGGACAGCCCACACGAGCUGUGGAUCUCGUGGAAGAGGAGUCUGGAGCCCCUGGGGAGGAGCAGCGGCGCUGGGAGGAGGCCCGCCUCGGGGCAGCGUCCCUCAAGUUUGGGGCCCGAGAUGCAGCCUCCCAGGAGCCCAAGUAUCAGCUGGUGCUGGAGGAAGAGGAGACCAUCGAGUUUGUCCGGGCCACUCAGCUCCAGGGCGACGAGGAGCCGGCAGCUCCCCCCGCCCCAACUCAGGCCCAGCAGAAGGAGUCCAUCCAGGCCGUCCGCCGCAGCCUCCCCGUGUUCCCGUUCCGAGAGGAGCUCCUGGCCGCCGUCGCCAACCAUCAGAUCCUGAUCAUCGAGGGCGAGACUGGCUCGGGCAAGACCACCCAAAUCCCGCAGUACCUCUUUGAGGAGGGUUACACACAGAAGGGUAUGAAGAUUGCCUGCACCCAGCCCCGGAGGGUGGCCGCCAUGAGCGUAGCUGCCCGAGUGGCUCGGGAGAUGGGUGUGAAGCUUGGGAAUGAGGUUGGCUACAGCAUCCGCUUUGAGGACUGCACGUCAGAGCGAACUGUCCUGCGCUACAUGACAGACGGGAUGCUUCUUCGGGAGUUCCUCUCUGAACCUGACCUUGCGAGUUAUAGCGUGGUGAUGGUGGAUGAGGCCCAUGAACGGACUCUGCACACAGACAUUCUUUUUGGAUUGAUCAAGGAUGUCGCUCGAUUCCGACCUGAGCUCAAGGUCCUGGUGGCUUCAGCCACACUGGACACUGCCCGCUUUUCUACCUUUUUUGAUGAUGCCCCCGUCUUCCGAAUCCCUGGACGCAGGUUUCCAGUUGACAUCUUCUAUACCAAGGCCCCAGAGGCAGACUACCUGGAGGCCUGCGUGGUGUCGGUGCUACAGAUCCAUGUGACCCAGCCCCCUGGGGAUAUCCUGGUGUUCCUGACAGGACAGGAGGAGAUCGAGGCUGCCUGCGAGAUGCUCCAGGAUCGCUGCCGCCGCCUGGGCUCCAAAAUCCGGGAGCUCCUGGUGCUGCCCAUUUAUGCCAACCUGCCUUCCGACAUGCAGGCUCGGAUCUUCCAGCCCACGCCCCCCGGGGCCCGAAAGGUGGUCGUGGCAACGAACAUUGCGGAGACCUCGCUCACCAUUGAGGGCAUCAUUUACGUGCUGGAUCCAGGGUUCUGUAAGCAGAAGAGCUACAACCCCCGCACGGGCAUGGAAUCGCUCACCGUCACACCCUGCAGUAAGGCCUCAGCCAAUCAGCGAGCUGGUCGGGCAGGGCGGGUGGCUGCAGGGAAGUGCUUCCGCCUGUAUACCGCCUGGGCCUACCAGCAUGAGCUGGAGGAGACCACGGUGCCUGAGAUCCAGAGGACCAGCCUGGGCAACGUCGUGUUGCUGCUCAAGAGCUUAGGGAUCCAUGACCUGAUGCAUUUUGACUUCCUCGACCCUCCGCCGUAUGAGACCCUGCUGUUGGCUUUGGAGCAGCUGUACGCGCUGGGAGCUCUCAACCACCUGGGGGAGCUCACCACGUCUGGUCGAAAGAUGGCAGAGCUGCCCGUGGACCCCAUGCUGUCUAAAAUGAUCCUGGCCUCGGAGAAGUACAGCUGUUCAGAGGAGAUCCUGACAGUGGCUGCCAUGCUCUCUGUCAACAACUCCAUCUUCUACCGACCCAAGGACAAGGUCGUCCAUGCCGACAAUGCCCGAGUCAACUUCUUCCUCCCUGGUGGGGACCACCUGGUUCUGCUGAACGUUUAUACACAGUGGGCUGAGAGUGGUUACUCUUCCCAGUGGUGCUAUGAGAACUUUGUACAGUUCAGGUCCAUGCGCCGAGCCCGGGAUGUUCGGGAACAGCUGGAGGGGCUCCUGGAACGUGUGGAAGUCGGUCUCAGUUCCUGCCAGGGGGACUAUAUCCGUGUCCGGAAGGCCAUCACUGCCGGUUACUUUUACCACACGGCACGCUUGACCCGCAGCGGCUACCGCACAGUCAAACAGCAGCAGACAGUGUUCAUUCAUCCCAACUCUUCCCUCUUUGAGGAACAGCCACGCUGGCUGCUCUACCAUGAACUUGUCUUGACCACCAAGGAAUUCAUGAGACAGGUAUUGGAGAUUGAGAGCAGUUGGCUUCUGGAGGUGGCUCCUCACUAUUAUAAGGCCAAGGAACUGGAAGAUCCCCAUGCUAAGAAAAUGCCCAAGAAAACAGGCAAGACACGAGAAGAGCUAGGGUAAUAAAGAGGGAAUGUAAAAGAACAAACAGAACCUAACAGCAGCUCCUUUUCCUUAUGUACAUUAUUUAAUAUCUACUAAUAAAAAUAUUUUUGGAGUAAAGCUACAGGGAA